CAAACAGACCCGGGAAAAACUCAGACGGAGGACCAAAACAGAAUCAGAACCGGAGCCGUUUAAUAUCUAACCGUCAUGGUUCAGGAGUUUCACGUCCUCAGGUGUUUUUCCUGUCAGAUCUUCCAGGUUCAACAGGUAAAGAAGGCGAACAGGUGGACCUGUAAACUGUGUGGAGAGAAACAGUCGCUGCUCAAGGAGUUUGGCCGGGGCUCCGGGGCCGACUGCAGACUUCAUGUUCAGAAACUGAAUGCCAUGAGAGGAGCCGUGUUGGAAGAGCAGGAGCACAACAUCUGGUCGCAAAGUAAGCAGGUGGAGGAAGACAGAGAGGAUGAACCUGAGGAACACCGAGCCGACCAGGGGACCCCCCACCCCCACAGAGCCACACGCGCUCAGACGAGCUGCUGGAGCAAAUACCUGGACGCACCAGAGGAGGCGGAGCCUGAGGAGGAGGAGGAGGAAGAGGAGCACGUUUUGAUGGACAAGCAGCAGCUCCAUGGCAACAACAUGAUUGACAGGAAGAGGAAGAGAAAGCGAGGAUGGACAGACAGAGGAGGAGAGGACGGCUGGACACCUGAACAGUCAAACUGGUCCAGUCUGAUGAAGAAACCCGUCAGACUCUCAGCCACAACCAGAACUGAAGAUCUGAACCACUGGAGUUCUCCCACUAAGAAGAACGCCGAGGCUUCCAGUGUGAGCGGCGGUUCAUUCCUCAGUUCUGACUGUCAGGUGAAUGACGAGCCUUCCAGCACUGGGCGGAGUCAGUCAGCGGGCAGAGCUGCGUCACUGUGCUGUAACGACAUCAUCCACCAGACUCCGCCCACCAUCCGGCCCCACCCCUUGCUUCCUGUCUCCUCCAUGUUUGAGAGCAGUGAGGACUUCAGCUUCGACGAGUUUCUGACAGCUGAAAAGUUAUAAGAUGACUAAUCAAUGAGUCCGUCAUUUCAGUUCUGAAUUUUAUAUUGAUCCAUUCAUCGGCUGUGAAUGUGGGGAAGUACAAAUGAACAUAUUCUAAUAAAUGUUUUCUGUAGUUUUUACUUUUAGUAGUAUUUCUCCUUCUUUUGUACAUUUUGACUAGAGGACACAUUUCUGACCAUGUUAACAGAUUUAUUGAUCAGAAGAAAUUAAAGUUGACGA